AUGAGGUCCAAGCUGGAGAUGGUUGUAAAGGCUCACGACCUCCAGAAAUCCUUGAAGCUCAUCAUAUUCCAGGUGGAACAAGUUCUGGAUGAAGAAAGCAGACAGUCCUUAUCAGUGAAGAACUUCACAUCGAGUUUCUACCUGGGAGAAGAUGACUCAGAGGAGUUCAGUCAGAUGAGCCCACGACACCGUUCUUAUUGUAGCAUCUUAUCGUCUAUGCUGUCUCUCCAAAGCGAAGACCUCAAAAAACUUGACUUAGAACACUUACAUUUUACACCCGAAACGAUACGCUUCAAAGAAAAGUGUGUCAUGAACAACUACUUCGGAAUUGGACUAGACGCAAAAAUUUCUCUGGAGUUCAAUACCAAAAGAGAUGAACACCCAGGAGAAUACAAUAGCCGCAUUAAGAACAAAUUAUGGUAUGGUAUUCUGGGAAGCAAGGAACUGCUGCAGCGCUCUUACAGGAAGCUGGAAGAACGAAUACAGCUGGAGUGUGACGGAGAACCCAUCUCCUUGCCAAACCUUCAAGGCAUUGUAGUGCUCAAUAUUACCAGCUACGCUGGAGGUGUCAACUUCUGGGGAAGCACCACAGCAACCGCGGAAUACGAGGCCCCUGCGAUGGACGACGGGAAGCUAGAGGUGGUGGCAAUCUAUGGUUCUAUGCAGAUGGCCAUGUCUCGUCUCGUCAACAUGAAUCAUCAUCGAAUCACUCAGUGCCAUGAGGUGAUGAUAACUAUUUUUGGUGAAGAAGGUAUCCCUGUGCAGGUGGAUGGGGAAGCCUGGAUUCAGAAGCCAGGCAUUAUCAAGAUUAAUACAAGAAUUCUGCCCAGAUGUUGA